AUAAGUUCCCCAUGACUCAAGCUCCAGCUUUGUCUCCUUUGUUUGCCAGUGACCAAAGAUUAUCUGGAACUCUAUACAGCACACAGGAACCCCUGGAGUCUGACUAAUAUAUUGCAAGUAAACAGAGGAAGCUGCGUUGAAGAUGAUGAAAGGAACAUGUCUGAACAUGCAGGAUCUUCAGGAGAAUCCAUCCUCAACAUACAGGAUUCUGAAGACUAUCCAGCUUCAAGAUCACCAUCAUUUUCUACAGUUUCAGGGUUAUCUGCCAAUGAUAGUGUUUCAGUCACAUCAUGUAUGUCACAUAGCCACAGUAUAUCACCUAUAGGAAAAAGGAAAAAAAUCACCAUCAUCCAGAAACAACCAUAGAUAAGUUUGUGAUAAGAACCAGCAGAUUACAAAAAGAGCCUCCAGCACUCCCACAUUCACCACUAGAACUGGUUGAAACUCGGAAUUUCCAAGACGCAGAAAACUGUGAUGUCUUGAAACAGUUUUUGUGCUGAUUCAGAAUGAAAACUUCGAAUGGAGAAAUGUCGUGUGGAAUGGAAAUUCCAAAAAAUGUUCACCCUCCACAUUGAUCAGCUCGCAGGAGGUAUCAUUCUUGGUGUGGCACUCUGGCUCCGUCAUGAUUCACAGACCACAAAUAUCCUGUACUUGCACCUAGGUGACAAGCAGGCCCCUAAUACAUUCUAUAUUGGGAUCUACAUCCUGAUUGCUGUUGGUGCAGUGAUGAUGUUUGUGGGGUUCCUGGGAUGCUACGGUGCUAUCCAGGAGUCCCAGUGCCUUCUGGGAACGUUCUUCACUUGCCUGGUGAUCCUGUUUGCUUGUGAAGUGGCUGCUGGAAUCUGGGGAUUCGUCAAUAAAGACCUGGUUGCCAAAGACGUGAAGCAGUUCUACGACCAAGCAUUGCAACAAGCGUUGCAACAAGACCCGUCAGAUUCUGAUGCAACUAAUGCGAAAACUGUGGUGAAGACCUUCCACGAAACGCUGGAUUGCUGCGGUGCAAACAGCAUGAUAGCCAUAGGCACCUCGCUCAUCCAGAGUGAUCUCUGUCCAAAGGAAAAAAGCUUCUUGGAAACUCUUGUCCAGGGUCGCCUACCCCAGGAUUGUCAUAAGAAAAUUGAUGAGCUGUUCUCAGAGAAGUUGUACCUGAUUGGUAUUGCAGCCAUUGUGGUGGCUGUGAUCAUGAUCUUCGAAAUGAUCCUGAGCAUGAUACUGUGCUGUGGCAUAAGGAAUAGCACUGUGUAUUGA